AUUUCAACGGUAUGUUUAAUGUGAAACCGGUAAAAACAUAUCGUUUGAAUUUGUUACGUGGAAAUCCAACGUCUGACCACUACAUUCAACUUUUUGUUUACACUCGACAUCUAAGGUCAAAAAAGAAACAAACGAACCUUUUUUCACACUAUACCGUAAUUCGACGAUAACCAGCACUUACAGUCUGCUCCAAAGCUUGCGGUCUUCAGUCCGAGAAGGCUGAUAUUCUCUACUGACAUGGUACUGAUGGUGCCAGUUCCAGAACUAUUCGUCGUGAUCGGCGUAGCAGCGUUGGUGACUUUGACACAAUCUGCCGCGAUCGUCGACAACGACAAACAACAAUUGUUGGUAAACGCCGAUCAGCAGCAUCAGCAACUGUCCGAAGUCGCAUACGGACGCUGCGAUGACGGUCCCGUGAUCAACUGCCGUACGCUGCCGCUGUUUAACUACACUAACCUGACACCACCGUCUGUUGCACCCGACGCCGCCGGAGAUAUAAAGCAAGACGUCAAUUGCCCGUACAACAAUUUGGAACGACAUUUGCGUUGCGUGGACGUAUUCACCCGUCGGUGCUUGACGCCAGAACAACGGGGAGCCUUUUAUUCGCUGUACACCGUUCCGACGUUGGACAUGCAAGAACUGUGCACCGAGGGCGGACCAUAUAGGGAGGAAUACUUGAAACACGCCGCUUGCUUGCGCACAGUGCACACCGAAUACUUGCAGUGCGGACGUCGACACCAGUCUGAGUUGGCCGCCCUAAUGCUAGAUCAGACGCAGCAAACAGGAGCCGACGGAGCUUUGGCUUCGACCGCGUCGCCGUUCAUCGGCGCCGAACAGAUAACCCAGAACCUGGCCCGCUUGUGUGGAUCAUUCAGAGGGCAUUUGCAAUGCGUGCACGGUAUUGUCCGGUCUACUUGUGGUCAACAGACCGAAGAGUUCGCUAGUCAGUUUCUUAGUCAAAUGGCAUCUUCACUUUUGAACAUCUGUGACAAAUACACGAACGGCGUACAUGGCGACGUGUCCCGGUCUCCGUCCUCCAGCGCCGCCCGGACGACCGGAACCACAACCAUGGGGUUGGUCGUUUUACAAACAACGAUCGCUACGGCAUUUUCGUUCCGGCGAUGGGGAUGAAUUGUGGCAGCCAUCGUACAUCCUCUAGGGGAGGACGAUGUUUAUUUUAAGCAAAAACAAUAAACGCCAUCGGUUUCGCCAUUAUAUUUUACUGAUCGCACUGCUCCUCGCUACGGUUUCAUACCUACCACGAUUAUUCUUGCCUACUUUAGAUGAUAAUUACAUAGAUUAUUAUUAUUACUAUUAAGUUAUUUUCACUAUAUUUUGUUUUUUAGGUAGUAUUAAUUUAUCAUCGUU